AAAGUAUUAUGGUAAAGAGGUUUUGCCUGGCCUGCCUUAAAAUCGAGUGACGCCAUUUCUAGCUAUAUAUUAUUCUCUUCUGAUACGAGGACUAACGCAACAGCACACCUCCUCAUACUAUAAAGCGCACGCCCACCUUAAUAUUUUCCGUGCAUUCUUGCUGUCCUGGCUCUCCCAGUGCAUUUAUCUCAGUUGAUGACUUCUGGAUAUAGGAGUCCAUGAAAGUAGAAGCCAUGAAGUUCUUCAAACCAAGUAUCAACUUCUAUAUGUGGUGCUCCAUCCUGAUGUUCUUUGUGUUUUCCUGCCUCCUCUUAAGCAAAAUGGAUGUCAGCCAUUCUUCGUCCACAAACAGCAUGAGCAGAUUGGCACGCAGCAGCCGUGAUUUUUGGGACAUGGACCUCACAGUCCAGCCAAGCCCUCCUCCACCCCAGCUGCUUGUUGCCAGCCAUGAGUGCUUCCUUUAUAAUAGCCCCUUGAACAUUUCUAAGCACCUCCCUGAGGCUCACCGCACCUUCCUCAGGUACAAGCACUGCCGGUCCUUCCCCAGACUACUGAAGCCCAGGCCCUGCGAUGAUAACCUGUUUCUCUUGAUGGUCAUCAAGUCCACUGCCGCCCAAGUGGACCGAAGGGCUGCCCUGCGUACUACAUGGGGUCAGGAGGGAGUCAUCAGAGGCAAGAAGGUGAAGCUGGUGUUCCUUUUGGGCAAGUCCCAGGAUUUGGUGAAGGGGUAUCCCCUGCAGCGGCUCCUGGAGUAUGAGAACAGGCAGUUUGGUGACAUCCUGCAAUGGGACUUUGUGGACAGUUUCUUCAAUCUGACUUUGAAGGAGAUCCACUUCCUCAGCUGGUUCAGAGAGGAGUGCCAGACGGCCCAGUUUGUGUUGAAGGGAGAUGAUGAUGUCUUCAUUCACACAGGCAAUAUGGUGGAGUUUCUCGAGGACCGUAACCCUUCAGACCACCUGUUCGCCGGUGACAUUAUUUACCGAGCCAAACCACAACGUGAACCCAAAAAUAAAUACUUCAUCCCAGAGGAGAUGUACCCUCAAAGUCAGUACCCACCAUACGCAGGAGGGGGCGGCUACCUGAUGUCCCGCCAGACGGUGGUAGGUCUGGACCGUGCAGCCCAAGAUACAGACCUGUUCCCCAUCGAUGAUGUUUUUGUGGGCAUGUGCCUACAGAAGAUGAAAGUCAAAGUGAUGUUCCAUAAUGGUUUCAGAACCUUCGGUCUGCGGCAACGCCUCAUCCCCUUCAACCCCUGCUUCUACAGGGACCUCAUGCUGGUGCAUAAACUCAGCCCCACAGAGAUGUGGACCAUGUGGUCUCUUGUGAAUGACCAACACUCGAUCUGCAACAGAUCUGUCAGAUUGUAAAGACUGAACUAUCCUUUGACAGAAUGCGGUUGAGGAAUUUCCUACAGUAACUUUGGUUUUAACAAACAGGCAGUAAAUAAAACUAAUAAAAGGCAAAUGGCAAAUGUAAUAUACCAAUACCUUGAGGAAAUGUUUGGGUACAAACAUUUUUGUAUAUUUUUACAUAUAUAAUUUGUAAGGGGCAUAUUAGUAUGAAUGCAAUUUUAUGAGAUUUUCAUGCUGAAGGCAUGAUCUGUUACUACAAAUAUCCAAAAGGGAUCAAACUAAUGCUGUUUCUUGUGUCAUCAUAUGGAUGUGUUAUUUUUUGUAAUGUCAAUGACCUCAUUUUCUUGCUUUGUUUCUCCUUGUAUGGGAAGAACAAGAAUGAUGGGCCAAAGAACAUCAGUCCCUCUGUCUAGUCACACCACAUGAUGCCUCUAGGCUUACUGGGGUUGAGCUCAACUCAAUUCUGUAUCAGGGCAAGCAGCACAAUUGCUUCAUCAGGACUUACAAAAACAAGCAAUGAAAGUUGUCAAAAAAGCAACAAUGUUGUCCAAGCUAUGCUCUUGCCAUGAAUGUCACAACUAGCCAUAUUUGGUCAUACAUUCAGGAGUUACAUGUGUUUUAUACAUGAUGCACAGAAGGUUUGUCAAGUUAGCCUAACUUAGUUUUAUAUUUUAAAAUAGCACAACUGUUGCAUCUGUUUUUUUUUUCUGCCUGAAUCCACAAAAUGACUUGCAGGUGUGCGGCUUCUCUUUGCUUGCUCUCCAUAAUAUUGCCUGGAAUUGUGUAUGUUGUAGUUUGAAAACCAACAGAUUUUAU